UGCAGGCAGCAGCAACCAUGGCAGGUGUGUCCUGGGCUGAAGGAGCGUCCAACGAGACGGGUGCCAGCGGCAGCUCCGAGUUCAGUUUGGAAGCAGACUUCCAGUACCCCUUGUUCACCGUCAUCUACAGCAUCGUCUUCGUGCUGGGGCUGGUUGAGAACGUCCUGGCUCUGUACCUGCUGUCCUGCAGAGUGCAGCACACCUCUCACUCCUACGUCUACAUGAUCAACCUGGCUCUGGUAGACACCUUGUUUGUUUGUGUGCUGCCUUUUAAGAUCCAUUACCACCUGAAUCGGAACAACUGGGUCUUUGGUGACGUGGCCUGUAGGGUGACCGGGACUCUGUACUACAUCAACAUCUACCUGAGCAUCGCCUUCUUCACUUGCCUUUGCGUUGACCGCUACAUCGCCGUGCUGCACCCCUUCACCUACAUCCAGAUCACAGCCCUCCACUGCGUCACCGUGGUCGCCCUGCUGUGGCUGCUGGCCCUCAGCAUCACGGUCCCCCUGGUCCUUGGGGGUCCCCUCCACAACCUGGGCCUGAGCAACACCACGGCCUGCUUCGAGAACUUCGCUGCGGGGAGCUGGGCGCGGCGCAUGGCGCCCUACAACGUCCUGGCCUUGCUCUUUGGCUUUGUCGUCCCCUUUGGCAUCAUCCUCGUCAGCUACCCGCUCGUUGCGAGGAGGAUCUCCCGCCUCAAGCGUGGCGUGGCCAAGAGGAAGGCCCUGGUCACCAUCUACCUCAUCUUGGCCAUUUGCACCCUGUGCUUUCUCCCUUAUCAUCUCACUCACCUGCUCCACUUCUUAAUGAGAGUCCAGGUCAUCCAGAGGAAGCCCUUUGCCAGCCUCAUCUACAAGAUGAGGAGGGUCACCUUGGCCCUCGUGAGCCUCAACUGCUGCCUUAACCCGCUCCUCUACUACUUCACCUCUUCCAGCAAGCGAUGGCACUUCAACUUCAAGCUCAGAUUCAGGUCUAAAGUGGUGUACACCAUCUGUGACCAGCAGCUGGGGGAGUCCUCCUACGUUUAUAAACUACACCAGAGACGGGGAAAUACAGCCCAGAGAGAUGGAACCAAGUGAUGUCCUCACAAACCACCCAGCUCCUGAGAACUGCUGUUGCCUCCACCCUGUGAAACAUGAGACUUCAGAGACAAUUUAUCAGUUGUGGGUUAUCAGUCACCAGAAAGCCACUGGCCUGGCUGACAAACCUACUUAAAGGCCAAGGCUUUACGUAAGAGGAUGUGAUUUUGGUAACAGAUGUACAGCCUCACUGUUCUGUUUCUUCCCCAACCACCCCCAACCUUCCCCAAGUGCCCACAGCGGCUGGCCUGAAGGCACGAGAGGCUGCUGGGGAAGGGGAAUUGCCUACCAGGAGGAGCUGUGGCCACCUGUGGCACUGCCAAAUCCCUAUUUCCAUGUCCAAAAGCACAAAUCAGGGGCCUAAAGUGCAGCUCUGCCCUGGGGCAGGGCAGGA